AUGGUCAAUACCGAUAAAGCAGUUGAAUCGGAACACCGUGCCAACCAGCUGCAAAUCCGGUUAACCAAUCUGGAAUCCCGAGCAUCUGAUCGUGAGGCAGAUAUGAAGGAUCGAAUCCGUUUACUUGAGGAGCGUUUAGUUGCCAUCACCGAAGCCACUCUGCUAUCUUCCUCAAGCAAAGCUGACUUAAGCUCUGCUUCUACUUCGAGGGGCGACCUUCCCAUAGCUUCGCCUGAUGUCUCACCAUUUAUUUCUCCUAAUGAUAGUGCUAGUGAUAUUUGCGUCGAAAAGAUGCUAUCGCAGCCGACAACGAAUGCUAGUGGACCAGUGGCAGUGAAUCCUGAGAAAAAUAUGCUGCUAAGCGUCGCCUUGCUUGCCGAGGUAAAUUAA